UCUUUUGUUUUGUUUUUGCUUCACUUUGCUUUUUGUUUGUGGCUUUCUUCUACUUGGCACCGAGGGAAUUUGCUGCAUUUCCCCCUCGCAGAAUCAGUCACGCCGUCCCUAGGUUCACGCUGAGGAUCUGCAAAGUUUUCCGAGCCGAAGGGAGUCACUUUUACAGCGUGUGUGGGGGUGGCGGAGAGAGAGUAGGGGUAUCAGAUGCAAUAGGGUCCCUGCCUCCCAGCCGCAGUGCUGCUCUCCUCUGCCGAAUACUUGCAGGCUGUGCAAUUAACAGGGCAGGAGGUGAAUUAAAUCUUUGUGAAGCCCACCGAGAAGGGGGUUCCUGCGAGCUCUUUCCCAACAGGUCUCGGGCGGCUGGGAUAACAACAGAAACACGCAGCAAGAGCGAGAGAAAAGCGGGGAGCCCCGCCGGCCGCCUCAGGAUCGCCGAGCCCCCCCCGGCCCCGCUCGGUGCCAGUGCUCCCGCCGGCGGCCGAUGGACAACCUCGGCGGGGCCCGGCCGCUGCGGCUGCUCCUGCUCGUGGCGCUGCUGCCGCCCGCGCUCCGCGGCCAAGCAUGACUCAGGUACAGUGCUGCCGCAGCAAGUUGGAGGAGCACUACUGUUCAGAUGGGAUCAAAUUUGCCAAUGUGCGUGAAGAGUGUGACUCAUAUACUGGUGAAAAUUCCACCUGUGAAGCUGAAUACUUUCAGAAAUGUUGUCACUGUUGUUUGCUGGGAAAGACCACCCAAGUUCAAGGACAGAGUUGUGAAUCCAACCUGAAGAUAGGAUACCAAUGUGGAAUUGUCUUCAGAGCUUGUUGUGUGAAAGGACAAGAAGGCACUGAUGUGUCCAUCAGUGAUGAUGCUCCUAAAAAGGAACCGGUUGAAAUUUCAAAGGAGGAACUAGACCAAGAAGAUCCUUAUCUGCAUGAUGGCUGCAGAGGAAUAUUAAAAGCUUCUAUUAUUAAUUUAUUUCUGAAUGAGAUCAGAAAAAAUGUUUUCUUCAUGAUGAGCCAAAUUUUGGGUGGUGGUCCCUGCUCUCAGCAGUGCAGAGACACCGGAUCCAGUUAUGUCUGCUCCUGCUUUGUUGGGUAUCAACUUCAACCAGAUGGUGUCAACUGUGAAGAUAUUAAUGAGUGUAUCACUGGUACACACAGCUGUGGGAUUGGACAAACUUGUGUCAAUACAUUAGGAUCCUUUCGCUGUCAGCGGGACACGAGCUGUGGAACUGGUUAUGAACUAACUGAUGACAGUCGUUGUAAAGAUAUUGACGAAUGUGAGACUGGUACUCAUAACUGCCCCCCCGAUUUUAUCUGUCAGAAUACUCCAGGAUCUUUCCGUUGCCGACCCAAGUUACAGUGCAUGAAUGGGUUUAUACAAGAUGCGCUAGGCAACUGUAUUGAUAUCAAUGAAUGCCUGAGUACCAACAUGCCAUGUCCAGCUGGGCAGAUAUGCAUUAACACUGAUGGCUCAUACACCUGCCAGCGAAUCUCACCCAGCUGUGGCCGAGGGUAUCAUCUUAAUGAAGAUGGAACAAGAUGUGUAGAUGUGGAUGAAUGCUUAUCUUCCAAUCAGCCAUGUGGCGAAGGACAUGUUUGUAUAAAUGCCCCAGGCAAUUAUCGCUGUGAGUGCAAAUCUGGCUAUUCUUUUGAUGUCAUCAGUAGAACUUGUGUUGAUAUCAAUGAAUGCAGACGUUAUCCAGGCCGUCUUUGUGCUCACAAGUGUGAGAAUACUCCUGGUUCCUACUACUGCACUUGUACCAUGGGAUUCAAACUUUCAACUGAUGGCAGGUCAUGUGAAGAUUUAAAUGAGUGUGAGAGCAGCCCCUGUAGUCAAGAGUGUGCCAAUGUGUAUGGCUCCUAUCAGUGUUACUGCCGCCGUGGCUUUCAACUUAGUGACAUAGAUGGGAUUUCAUGUGAAGAUAUUGAUGAAUGUGCUUUACCUACUGGAGGUCAUAUCUGUUCCUUUCGAUGUAUUAAUAUUCCUGGGAGCUUUCAGUGUACUUGUCCCUCCACCGGUUACAGGUUGGCACCCAAUGCACGAAACUGCCAAGAUAUUGAUGAGUGUGUUGCAGAAACCCACAACUGCUCUUUCAAUGAGACCUGCUUUAAUAUCCAAGGGGGCUUUCGCUGUCUGUCUUUGGAAUGUCCAGAAAAUUACCGCAAGUCUGGAGAUACUGUCAGACUUGAAAAGACAGAUACUAUCCGUUGCAUUAAGUCUUGUCGACCGAACGAUGUCAACUGUGUGUUGGAUCCAGUCCACACAAUUUCCCACACUGUCAUUUCACUACCCACAUUCAGAGAAUUUACAAGACCUGAAGAGAUUAUUUUUCUUCGUGCUAUCACACCUACAUAUCCAGCCAACCAGGCGGAUAUCAUAUUUGACAUAACAGAAGGAAAUUUAAGAGAUUCCUUUGAUAUCAUCAAGCGUUACAUGGAUGGUAUGACAGUGGGUGUCGUGCGCCAGGUACGGCCCAUUGUUGGACCUUUCCAUGCCAUCCUGAAACUGGAGAUGAACUACGUCAUGGGCGGGGUGGUAUCUCAUCGUAAUAUUGUCAAUGUUCACAUCUUUGUCUCUGAGUACUGGUUCUGAGAGAGCUUUUAAAAUCCCAGACAAGGAAGCUGCUCCAACUUAAGUCAUUACCACAAACUAUUACAUCAUAUACUUGUUUGUAAAACCCAAUAGUGGUUCUUUUUUGUUUUGUUUUUAAAUAUUUGUUUUAUGGUUUAAGACAAAUAACAAGCUAUUAUGUUGAUUAAACAUAGGGUGGGGCAAAUUAAGUGAGCUGAUUUAGUUGUGUGUAUAAAUAAGUAGUGUGUAAAAGUGUUCAACUGCCUAGAGAAAUUUAAAACUUUUCUAAAUGUUUAGGCAGAUCUUAACUAUUGCUCCUUGGCCUGAUAAACAAAGCAACUAAGGAUGUGGAACAAAAUACAUGUCAGAAUUCACUGGGAUGAAUAUAUGGUAUCUUUGGAUGGAAGAAGUUUGGUAAGGGCUAGUUAUUUCACCACAAUGUGAGUUACCUUAAAGGAGUUAGAUUGUUAGAAGUGCUGAAUAUUCACUUUUAGGCUCCAGUAAGAUAACUCUGAACAAGCACCCAUAAUUACUAAUCAUUUCUGAAAAGUUUAGCCUUGAUAUUUAAAAAGAGCCAUCCAGCUAUGGCUACAAGAGGAAGUACAAAAAAAUAGAAAUAGGAGGAGACUAACAACCUGUUGCACAUAUUAAAAAAUUACUCAUUUUUUGUACUUGUUAUUUGUUUGUAAAAUUAUGUUUGAUUCUAAUUAAACAAAUACCUCUCUCUGAAAUUAGCCUGUUACUGAAACUCAAACCUGUAUCUCCUGUCUAUUGUAGAGGAAAGCUUGACACCUUUUUAAAAUUGGUAAUAAGAUUAGCAUGUUAAGCUAUACACUUCCUAUGCACCAAACCAAGGCACAUUUAAUAAGAUAAUGAAACUCUCACAAAUAAAUGAUUUUUUUUAAUGUAUUUUCUGAGCAUCAAAGUAAUGCAUCUUUUUAGUAUAGAACAGAAAAUAAAUAGCUUUAUGUUUCUGUUUUCUGUGUUUGUUAAGAUACAAGAAAAUAAAGCCAGAUCAGAAGUAUGCUAUUCUGUUUAACAGAAGAAAAAAAAAAAGUAUAAUAUACAAAAAUAUAUAUCCUAUAAGCAAAUGAAUUAUAUGUGUAUAUUACACAUUCCCCACUCAAAGUAGUUUGCUAGUUUGGUCAUUAGUGGCACUAGGCAUUUGCUUCUUUCCUUUAUACAAAAGCCUCUGAAGCUAAAGGGAAUCUUUCCAUUGGUCUGAGUGAUAUUUGAGUUAGACUAAAGAAGACCAUCCACUCUGAUCCAUUGCAAAUAAAAGGACAUAGCAACUUUACUGUAUACAUACAGACUUCUUCAUGCAGUUCUCUGUGGCAGGGAAAAUUCCUUGCCUUCAGCUUUCUUGUUCUAUAAAAUAAGAUUUUAUGGUAACACAUUCUCAUAAAUAAAUGUUGACUAAAAAA